AUGCCAGAAUCUGCCGAGGAAGAACGUGGGGGGAGUAGAUUGGGCUCAGGAAAUCGAGCCACUCCAAAUUCAGCAUCCCAAUCUAAUAUCAGUGCUCAGUUAGAGGCUAACAGAAAGAGGAUUGGAUCUGCUAAAUACUACGACAUAGCAUCUACACUAAUGGGCAAAGGUCACACUGGCGACCUUGAGGAACUCUUUCUAGCAGCGGCCAGAGAUGGGGACUAUGAUAAAAUAGAGAAUUUCCUGUUACGGAGUGGAAAGGACCACUUGGUCAGUAUUGAUGUCAAGGACAAACGAACUGGAAACACCUCACUGAUCUGGGCAGCCAAGCGUGGACAUACUAAGAUCGUUCAGCUGUUAUUGAAACAUGGAGCAGAUAUAACAUUGAGGAACUAUGAGGGUCAGACAGCAGUGGAGGUGGCAUCAGCUUCCAUCAAGACUCUCCUUCUGGACUCUAUCAAUCGGUCAACAGAAUCAUCUCACAGACUUCUGCUCCAGGCAGCUUGGCAAGGCAACAUCAGAGUCCUCAACAAACUUCUGAAUGAGAACAAGGUGAAGGACAUUAACUGUAAGAAUGCAGAGGGUCUGACACCACUCCUGCUGGUGGCUCGAGACAUCCAACUGUUUGAACGUCUAGCCAUACAACAGAAACGCCCUUACAACCCAGCAGAAGUCGUCACCUCUCUCCUCGCUCACCGGGCUGACAUCCAUGCUGUAGAUGAAGAUGGAAAGACCUGCCUACAUUAUUCCUCUCAGUCGAAGGCAUCCCUGGCCCAGACCGUUGUACAGGCCCUCAUCACAGGGGGCCCUGAUAUAGACCUUAGAGACAAGCGUCUAUUUGCUCCAAUUCAUUGUGCAUCCCAGAGUGGGAACACAGAGUGUGUAGAAGUUCUUAUUAAUGGUGGGUCAGGCGUUAACUGCCGAGGGUUUGCAGGAACCACACCUCUUCACAUCACAGCAUACAAUGACAAUGAGCGAACUGCCUGCUGCCUACUGAAAUAUGGAGCUGACGUGACUUUGACAGAUGACCGUGGCCUCACUCCUAUGGACCUAGCUCGUGGGAAGAAGAUGAAGACCACGUUAAAGGAGGCAUGGGCAGAGGCCAUUCAUGGUCAUGCUCCUACAAAUCUUGCCCCUGUUAAGGCCCCUUCUCGCCAGGAGACAAGGACUUCACUGGAAGACCUCAAUAAGAGCAAAAAGGGAGGCGAGGUCAUAUUUGAUAACAUGCCGUCCAAUCCAUUUGCCAACAUGAAGGAUACACCUAGCAAAGGUCGUCUACUGUCCCGUCACUUGAGCCUGAAAGACAAAGAAAAGGCGAGGCGUGCAGAGGAGUUAAUGAGGAGAGAGCACGAAAACAGCAGUGUUACUCCUGGACCUUAUGUCAAAGAUGGUAUGCGGAGACUUGGUAUGACAAGGAAUCAGCAUCCCUCUCCUCUACCCAAGGGAAAAGGUUAUCAGAGAUUGCCUGCUAUCAGUCCAGACAGAAUGAGUAUAGAUCGUAACCAGGACUGUUCAUCACCUUUCACUCGGAAUAGUCGAUUCCGACGAUCCCUUGAUGAAACCAGGCUUUCCUACUCUAGAAAUUCAUCUAAUAUGGCCUCCUUCCCUAAUCCUGGACCAUCAAAAAGGAGGAUGUCACCUUUGUCUAGUAAAGAUGGUUGUCUCACUCCACUUAGCUUUGAUUAUGACAGUGGGCCAGGCAGUAGCAGGUUAACACAAUGUUCACCCACACUGAACCAGAAACCAAGCCGACACCAGCGGUCUGGGUCAGAUACCUUACCAGCUACAAAUUUAGCCGAGAUCGCUGCCUCCUGUGACCCCUUCCAUAAAACAGGUCGGUCUGUAUCUAUGUGUCAGCCGUUAAGUCAGUCCGAUGACUUUGGUGAUGCUUGUUUAAACUCUCCGAGACUAACACCACUGAGAACCCCUCUGGAAAGGGGGACAACUGGCCACGUCAAACCAUCUGAUGGGCAUGUUUGUAGUUCUAACAACCUUGUCUUGGAUUUAGAUCGUAUGGGCCUGUUGAACAAGUGCCAGACUCCCAUCCAGAAUGCCCCAUUGUUUCCCACCUCCUCCAAGAUACUGCCCCCUACCCCCACCAUGAUGGGAGAGAAAGCUCACAGCUGUCUAGAAUCCUGUAUGACCAACACUGAUUGGAACUCUAAGGAUCCAUCUCCUAGAUCAGAUGAUGAAAUUGAUCACAAGAAGGUAAAGCAGGCAUUUCAGAACUCCUCCAGUCAGCUUCUACGUAGUCCAUCCAUAUUUAAACAGGAGUUUAUUUUGGAGGAAAGUCGUCCAAAAGACAUUUUAAUUCACUCCUCUGGUAGUGACUUAUCCUCCACUGGAAGUAAGGAUCGAUCAUCUGUGUCCAGUGACGAGAUGAUGGUUUCUGAAGUAUUACGACCUGCCGCAGCAAAGCCUCGCCAGCGAGGUAACAAUAAGAGAAGCAUCUCUUCAGACAAAGAGAUAAAAGAAGGUCCUACUUCUUACAAUGUUGUCAGUGUUAAUUCUCAAAACAAACUGGUGUCAAAUCUACGAACAGUUGAAUCAAGAUGUAGUCCCAGCUCAAAAAGUAGUCCCGGUUCAAAAAAUAGUGCCAAGACAAAUUCUUCAGAGAAGGCUUUUAACAAACAAGGAAAGUCGGAUCAGACAUCAACAAGAUUAACUAAGGAUAAAGUUGUUGUCCAUACACAGAAAAUAGGGACGUGUACAUCACUUCCUAGUAAAACUACGACUAGUGAACUCACAGAGGAAGUGAUGAGGCAGAACAUUCUAAAUGCUAAGGCUUCUGAAAAAUCUACAAAGGAUAUUAAAUGUGCCAAAUCAGACAAUAGGUGCAAAUCUGGAGACAGUAGAUCUAGAGGAUACAGUCCACUGAGGGAGGAGCCUGUGGUUGGCUCCCCUUCCAAAGGUCUUCAUGUCGUGUCCACUAAACUGCUAUCAAACGUCAAGGAAGAAGUUAAAAAACAGAGAAUGGAGAACAGUGACACAAACGUUACUCCACAAGUAUCCAGUAAUUAUUUGGGCAAAGAAAAUGUGAACAAUUCUGAUGGAAAUAAACAAGUACCAGUGGGAAAUCCAAGAAAAGCAUCUCGUUCACCUGCCCGUAGGUCUGACACAGUGCCAACAGCAAACAAGGGGAAUAACUCAACUCCUUCUUAUCUUAACCCAACACAGUCAUCAGUUACACGUCGCCAAACUUCUGAAGGGAAAGUGGCAAAGUCACAUUCAAACUUGUCAGGAAACAGUAGUGUUGUGAAUGAUGGUGUAAAGAGAAGUGCUGGAUCCUCAAGUAGGGCAAGUAGUGCUGUACCUGAAACUUUACGCAAAAGUACUACAACUCUUCCAUCAAACCGUGGGUCACAAAUGAAGUCUGGUGCUUCGGUCAGAGAGUCAAAAUCUGAUGUAUCAGUAAGGGCAUCUGUUCCGCAACCAUCAACGUCAUCAUCAUCAUCUUAUAAGCCUACCUCUUUGUCUUCUCAGAAUAAUCCACAACCUAGCAAUUCAGCCUCAAAGUCACGACAAACAUCUGGUGUGAGGAAAUCUCAAAGUGACCCAAAUGUUCCACAAGAAUCAAGUUCAGUGGCUAGUAUUGCUGUCACCAAGUCAGGCAAAGAUAAUGGUUCCAAAACUUUGAAAUCCACUUCUUUGACUACACUACAGGAGGCCAAAAAUGAGAACACAAAUAAAAAUUGUGCAUUAACUUCAAGAACAGGUCCCCAAAGAGGAACUACUGCGGGAGAGGAUGGGAAAUCUGACAAAAAGACAUUUCAGUACAAGCCUGCUAGUGCAGGCAAGGGACCUUUAGUAGAGAUCAUAUCAGAAAAUUCACCUCGUGUAUCAAAACCCAAGCAUGUCGAGUCCCAGUCUACAGCUCCAGUACAAACACCUGUCAUUGUGAAUCCUUUUGAAGAUAUGAGACCCUACAACGGUGUGUCAGCUACAAGUUAUGGUUAUACUGUUGGUAAACCUUCCAUUGAUAGGUCAAAGACUCAAACCUCAAUGAAAAGUAGGGGGAAAAGUGCCAAACGACCCAUGUCAAAGGACCAAAAACCUGCAUCUGCAGGGCCAAACCGACAAGGAAAGCGGCGCGGAGAUAAAAGUAAAGAAGGGAAACAAUCUGAUGAAGGAGCAACUGGCAGGCCCAGAAGUGGUAAAAAUAAGCGCACAAAAUCAGGGAAGAAGAAGAAGAAGAAUGAAGCUGAUCUUGUGCUCAGUAAGCAGGCUUCACAAUCGGAUGUGGCUCUGAUCUCUGGUAUUGGGUGGCAUGUGGCAACACACUGUGUAGAUACGUCAGAUGUGACAGCUGUCAAAAGAACAGACACAGAUUCUUCUGAUUCUUCUGACAGUGAUAGUUUAGACAAUGACACUCCCAGGGAAGGAGUAACAUACAAACUGAGGAUACCUAAUCAUCCCAUCGAUCCCACAUCUAACUCCUCCACACCCAGGUUCCUGGAAGUCAAGCCGCAAGAAAAAGGGGCUCAGGCUCAACUUCCUGUUAUGUCACAUGACGGUUAUCGACCAAUGAAUUUAGACAUGACACAGGCAUCCUUCACACCUGCAUUUGGUCUAUACAAUGUUCUAGGGUCUGAUCUUCCCCCUUCAUCUUCACAAACAGAUUUAAAUUCUAUCUUCAAUAAAAUGGAUGGCAGUAUAAUAGAGCCUCCAGAUGUUUUACCUACAGAGAGUGACGAAGCUAUGGCAGAAAUUCAUCGUAACAUUCUGAUGGGGAAACUCACACCCAUUCCCGAGUCCCCUUCACUUAAGUCUGGUAAUGUUCUCCACAAGACCAUUGAAGCUAUAGAAAAGUUUGAUCACAACAUCCAGGCUGAAAUGUUAAGUAGUUUACUCGGGGUUGUUAAACAUGAUGGUGCUGAGCCCAGUCCAAGAGUUGAUCUCCUUUUCAAAGGUGCCAAAAACAAAAACAAUGUUGAUAUGUCUAAGCAUAUAUCUGAAAGUGUUUCUUUAUCUAAUUCUGCACAAAGUGGCAGACACAGUAAUGGUAAAAAAAGUCUAUCUUCUUCAUCAAAAGAGAGGGCUGAUGUGAUGUCUGGAGCCUCAGUUCGCAGUCGUAAGCAAAGUUCUGAGACCAGAGGGACACGAUCAUCCUCUAAAGAACGAGUACAUAGCAGAAAGGGACAGGAAGACCGAAGUGUUACAUUAGAGGAAAGGUCUGUGAUUAUGUCUGGUGCCACAGUCCGUAGUAGUCUGAAUGACUUGGAGGAUAAGAACAUAAGAGACUCUUCUGUUAUAGGAGGUUUGAAAAAGUCACAGAGUGAUUCAUCAUUCAAGCAAAGUCAGUCUGAGAGGAACUCUGGUUCUCUUUCCUCAAGCAGGAAAGAUUUGAGAAAGAAGGAUAAUGUAGGAAACAGGCAGACCUCUGGCCAAAGAACAGGCUUAAAAACACAAGAACCUAAUUCUCCUGAAAAAAUUCACAUUGAGGUGGUGGAUAGUAUCCAGAGAACCCCCCGUGUUCCAAGACUAGAAAAUCUAGUCAAUUUGGAAAACUCUGACAAUGAUGACAACGACUUCAUGACAAGUCACAGUAGAAAAGAGGGCAGAAGCACUCGCAGAGAAAGGAGAUUUUCUGAAACAAAGAGUGAAGACAGAAAUGACAAUGACCAUGAGAACAUUGAAGAAGUGAUUGAGGAAAUUUUAAGUAAUACUGUUCCAUCUGUUGCUUCCACACUGAAGUCUCAUGGAUCUCUGAAAUCUGGUGGAAAGUCUCUGGCCAGUACAUUCUCUGAGGCAGAUACAUCACUGUUAAAGAAACUAUCAUCAGCACCCCAAAACUCUCCUUUCCAUGCAAAGAGUUCCUCAUCUGCAGUUAGACAGUCUGGAUCAUAUGAGGACCUCUCAGUUCCUCAUCCAACCAAUCCAAACCUAUUGAACUCCAAAGUGAAGGCAAUGGCAGAUGUUGAUAAUGAGGCCAAACAAAUAGCAAAGAUUAUGAACAGCUUCAAACAAAUGGAGCUGUAUGCUGGUAGUGCACGUACCCCAGGUACACAGGAUCUUAUCCCUAAACCAGAGACAAGUUCCAUGGAGCCUGUUCCAGGAAGGAAACCUCCACUAGGACCAGCCAGGCCCAGCUCUGCAGGAGCUGGGAAGGUCAGGUCAGCAGGAAGGUUCACAGAGAUUAAGAACGAAAAGAAUGUGUCAGCUUCUAAAGACAAAUCUCUAAGAAGGAGCACAGACAACAGGGUACACGAUAUUGGUUUCCCACCAGGAGACCCAGGAGAACAGGAUGUGAACAUUGUAACACCUGAUGCAGACACUAUUAUAAGCUGUCUUGGCACCCUAAGUAGACCUGGCAGUGCCUGUACCACCAUCAGCACCCAGUCCAGUGUGGAGGACACUAUCCAAUGGAAGAAAGGCAAUGUUCUCGGCAAAGGGGCAUUCGGAACAGUUUGGUGUGGACUAACCAGUGAGGGUCAGCUAAUAGCAGUCAAGCAGAUUGAGUUAAACACUGGAAACCAAGAUAAGGCUAAGAGGGAGUACGAGAAAGUACAGGAGGAGGUGGAACUGUUAAAAACUUUAAACCACAAAAAUAUUGUAGGUUACCUAGGCACCAGUCUGGAGGAGAACAUUGUCAGCAUCUUCAUGCAGUUUGUCCCAGGAGGAUCCAUUGCCAGUAUUUUAGCACGGUUUGGGGCUCUGGACGAGGCUGUGUUCCGUCGCUAUACCAAACAGGUGCUAGAGGGUGUCGAGUAUCUCCAUGCAAACGAUGUCAUCCAUAGGGACAUCAAGGGAGGUAAUGUGAUGUUGAUGCCAAAUGGAAUCAUCAAACUUAUAGAUUUUGGAUGUGCCAAGCGCCUGUGUAUCAACCUAAGCAUGGGUCAGUCACAGAUUCUCAAGUCCAUGAAGGGCACACCAUUUUGGAUGGCUCCUGAGGUAGUCAACGAGACAGGACAUGGCAAGAAAUCUGACAUUUGGAGUGUCGGAUGUACAAUAUUUGAGAUGGCCACGCGGAAACCACCAUGGGCAGACAUGAAUCCUAUGGCAGCCAUCUUUGCCAUUGGCUCGGACAAGCCAGUUCCACAGCUACCAAACAAGUUCUCUCCAGAUGCUAUUUCCUUCGUGAAUGCCUGCUUGACCAGGGACCAAAACAAAAGACUGUCUGCCACUCAGCUGCUGCAACACAUGUUCAUCAACAAGAAGAAGAGCUCCAGGAAAUGAACCAAAGGCAGAUAACUCUUCCUGGACAUUAAAUAAAAGUUUCUGCAGUUUUGUAGCAAUAAAGCUGGAGAAUAGAAAAAGAUCUGUGUAUGAGUAAAUGUAUUAGAACUUUUGUAAAAGUUAGAUAGAUCUAUGUGUCAGUAAACAUUGAUGUUGCCACUGAUAA